CCGUCACAGCUGCCGUGCAGGGAUUUCUAUGUAGUGUGCGUGUGUGAGUGUGCACUGCAGCCUUGGAUCCGCCGAGGAACCACAGUCCGCCCGGGCGUCUGGCCUUCGGGCCGGAGACGCUCCAGACCAGCAACUACUCCCUGGUGCUGCUGAUCCAGCUCAGCCUGCUGUCCUUCGAUCUGUUCGUCAACUCCUUCAGCGAGCUGCUGAGGACGGAGCCGGCCGUCCAGCUCGUUCUCUUCAUCAUCCAGGACAUUUCCAUCCUCUUUAACCUGAUCAUCAUUCUGUUGAUGCUGUUCAACACCUACGUGUUCCAGGUUGGCCUGGUUGCCAUAUUGCUGGAGCGGUUUAGAUCCCUGCUAAUGCUCUCUGCUCUCUACCUGACCUUCAGUAUCAUACUCCACUCCUGGCUUGUGAAUCUUCGCUGGCUGAAUUCCAAUAGAUUUAUUUGGACGGACGGUCUUCAGACUCUGUUUGUGCUCCAAAGAUCUGCUUCAGUUUUGUACUACUACUUCUACAAGCGGACCUCGGAGUACCUGGGUGACCCUCGCCUGUACGAGGACUCGCCGUGGCUCCGAGACGCCUUCGCUCGUAGCCGUCAGUGAUCAGGAGGGUCUCAAGCGAUGUGACCGAGGCAGCAUCGUGACAAAACGCCCAUAUAGUGUACGUUACAACCAUAACACGUGGAGCUGAAACAAUGGCCACUUUAAUUUAAGGAAUGUACUUCAAACAUACUUUCUUACAUUUCGGUAACAUUUAUUUCCAAAUGACGACACUCAGCGUAACAUUUCCUUUCAACACAGGAGGAAUUGUGCCAAAAUCUGAGAGGGUGUUUUAAAUACAAGCCAGAAAUUCUUGUUUUCAUAUUAAAAAAUGACGUGAAAAAUGGGAUUAAAUAUGUUUCUAUGUCCUG